CUAAAAUCCCACACCGCGCCGUCUUCCUUCCCCAGAGGCGCCGCCGCCUUCCCCAGCCGGCCAUCUUGGGCUGGCAAAUCUGUACCGACGUUAACGCCAUCAUCCCGUGCCUGUUGCACCAGAAUUCACUGCAAUUCCGUAAAAAGAAAGGGGGCACAGCCCCAAUCCCUCAGAAGGGGCCGUCUGGCUGUGUUGUAGUGUCAUCUUUCGUCUUAUCCCAUCGUCCAUCUGUCCUUUGCCUUUGACCGCCUGUCCAGCAAAGCGGCAAAGCACCCACGCAGCCUUGCCCCACCAAAGCAACGCAGCGACCCGACCGCGCGGUUCCGGCCAGUGUAGGUUCAAUCGGUCGAGUCGCCCUAUCCGAUCGAUCGACCAGUCCCCGCCGAGCAUCCCCGGCUUGGCCCCGCCAGUCGAACCGACGAGUCGCUCACCUCCCCACCGGCAGUGGGGUACUGGCCACACCAUGCCGACCGGCCAGCCGGAUCUGGCUAUCCUCAGCGCCGAGCAGUACGACGACGGCUCCUCCUCCUCCCGUGACAACGCCCGCAGGCCCGCCGCCCCCUCCAGCAGCGACGAUGUGCCGGCCCCGAGGAAGCGCGCGAGGAGGCCGCCCGUGGCCUCUGGGGACGCCGGCGGCGGCAGCACCACGGCGACGGCCACUGAAGGGGACGCCGGCGGCGGCAGCGGCGGCGGCGAGAAGAAGCGUGCGCGCGGGCGGCCCCGCCUGACCGCCGACGACGAGUCCGCCGCCGAGCGCAGGCGCACGCAGAUCCGGCUGGCGCAGCGCGCGUACCGCAACCGCAAGGAGACGGCCAUCACCACGCUCGAGCAGCAGGUCAAGGACCUGCGCGACACGAACGAGGAGAUGAGCCACGCCUUCAUGGCCCUGCACGACUUUGCCGUCCAGCGCGGCCUGCUGGACACCAGGCCCGACUUUGGCGAUCGCCUGCGCUCCACCACGGAGAGAUUCGUCGCCCUCGCUCGCAAGACGGCGGAGGUUGGGGCUGUCGAGGAUGAGGCCGACGCCCCUGAGCCGGCCGGGGCGGACAACGCGGGCAGGAAAACUAAGGCACGGGCUGGCACACCAAGUUCUGAGGAAGUCGAAGAGGUGCCGAGGGCCACGGAUCGCCCUUCUGUAGGAGCCAGUGCACUGCCGCAACAACAGCAACAGCCGCAGCAGAUGCUGUACGGAGGCUUCGUGGUCUCACAAGAAUACGUCCCGAACCUGGACGCCUCCAUGCCCAACUACGGCUUCGGCGACGCGGUCCUGGGCGGGAACCUCGACCUCGACGUCGGCAUCGGCGGGUCCGCGUGGAACGAGCUCGAGACCAUCACGCAGCCGACCAUGGACAACGCCAGCUUCCCCCUGACCGAGGACCAAAUCUUCUCCAUCAUGGGCGGCGGCACCACCGCCGCCGCCCCGUCCCCGCUGCCGCACCCGGCCCUGCCGUCGCCGCCGCGCACCUACGCCGCGUCCGAGUCGACGUUUGGCCGGCGCCUGCAGCGCUUCGCCGUCGAGCGCGCCCUGUCGCUCAUCUCGAUGCCGAACCCGCCGCCCCUGCGCCUCGUGCGCGUCUUCGGCUUCUGCCUGCCCUUCGAGAGCGCCGACGACAUCCGCCGGCGGCUCAGCAGCGCCCUGAGCCGUCCCCAGGGUCAGUCCAUGUUUUACUGGCAGUACCCCUUCCACCACCUGGGCGGCGCCGGCUCGCACUUCCCCCCGGGCACCGUGUCCUCGACCCCUACUGACCCAGCCCGGUUCGGGGCCGCCCCCACAGUCGAUACCAGGACCCAGCAGCAGCAGCAGCAGCGUAGCUUCGCGGUAGGCAACCAGGGCACCGCCGACGUCAUGCGGCCGCGCAACGGCGCAGGCUUCGGCAUGGGGCCCUUUACGCAGCCCGUGUCUGAGUCGGGCUCGUCGCACCUCGACGCCCGCCAGCGCAUCAAGGUGCCCGGGUUCGAGGGGGACUUUUACGACUCGGACGAGGUCGAGCUGUGGCUGCGCCGUCGGGGCGUCGACAUCGCCCCCGCCCAGGACUACGUCACUACCGAGGUCGACCUGUCCGCGUUCGACCAGCCGGGCUCGCCUGGGGAGGGGAACGCCUCUUCCUUGUACCCCGCCGCCCCCGAGGGCCUGUUCCCCACCCCGGACAUCAUGGGAUACAAGGCGCUCGACAGCGGCGCGGCGGGCGGAGUCGGAGAUUUCGGGUCCUUGGGGACGGCGUCAGCGACCGCCUUGCCGACCACGGCGGCGCCAACGGGGCCGCACUUGCUGCCUCCCCCGUCGUCAGCGCAGGAGCGUUCGCCACCCAAUAUGUGGAGUACAGGUUCCGAGAAUCUGCUGGCCGACAUGUCGACCUUUAUGUUCUCGGGCGUUUCCUUCGAUUCCCAGGAUAUGUUUGCUGCACCCUCAGCGAGCGCUGGCGACUUCACGGCCAGGAACAACAUGCAAUUCAUGCCGGACCUUUCCAUGCCCCAGCAGGCGCAGCAGCCGGCGACCCCCCGCAAGACAUUGAUCACGCUCGAUGUUUCCAUCUUUGUGCAGAAGUUAACCGAGAAGGCGACAUGUCUGGGGAGAUCACCUGGGUUCCGGAUCGACAAUGUACGGCAAGCAUUUCUUGCCUCGGCGCAUCGUCUCUCAAUGACUGUAUGACGAGAGAGUUAUUUUUGGAAAGAGAAAUCUGGGCGGUGUUUAUAGAUAUCCCAUUCCAUCUCAAG